AUGCGUUUUGGUGGAUUCAAUCCUUCUACUAAUAAGAUCAAUGAAGAACAGGAGGAUUUUGAUGAAGAAAUUUAUGUUUCAAAUAAAAUAGUUGUUUGGAGUAGAGGCAAUGUAUUAUACAAAAGUUUUAAAUAUGAUGAGCCUGUAAUUCAAGCUUUAUUCGUUUGGUUUAAAGUAGAUCAACGACAACAAUCUAAUAAUUAUACUACAACUUCCACUAAUAACAACAACAAUCACAACAAAGAUUUAUCUGGUAGGCAACGUUGUCUGUUUGUAAUUCUUGAAAAUUCUGCUAAAGUCUACUUCCUAGAUGGUCAACAAUUCCUAUUAAGAAUUCCCUUUGUUGUAAAAAAAGCUUGGGCAAUGAAUCUAGGAGUAUUAUUCCAGUGUCAACAUAAAGAUAUUGAUGAAAAUGAUGAUUAUUACCAUUAUCAUACUAGAGACUAUAUAAAUUAUUCAAAAUUUGCAAAGUUGCAUUUACCAACUUUAUACAGUCUACUAGAUCCUUUAGAAGAAAUAAAACCUGUUUCAAUAGUUGAUAAAAUUUAUUAUGAUGGUUCAAAUAUUAAAUUGUCAGGUCACAAAUUUCUAUUCACAUAUCCUGAUGAACAUAUAGUGUUUGUUAAUGAUCAAUGUGAAAAUGGUAAUCAUAUAAUAGUCACUUUGAAUCAAUUUACUUUACGACAUUCUUUUAUUCUUGAUAACAGUGAGCCAUGCAUUGAGGAGAAUGAGAAUGAAGAAGAGCAUAAUAGCAAAGUAUUCAUUGCUCAUGAAUUUGAUGCUCUUAACUUGAUAUCUAAUAAUUUCUCCAGUGAUGGCAGCUGUUAUGAACUGGAAAUAACACCAAAUUUUGAGUUAAAUAAUGUAAUUGCUGCUGAACCUGUUUAUGCAACUAGAUCAUUGCUUUGUGAUGUUUUAUUAUUGAAAAAAAUUAACGAUGACAGUUACAUGCUUGAGCUAUGGAUUGGUUGUGGCGAAUAUGUUCUUUUACAACUGGAUUAUCAUCUAAACACUAUACUAAAACUCAACUCUAAUUCAUCAAAAAUUAAGAAUCUCAAUUCAACAUCAAUACUUAAUCACUCUGAAAUUAAUAAUUGUGUUGAUUCAUUAGCUAAUACUAAUAUUAAUUCUGUUAUUGAUCCAUCAAUAGAAAACUUUGUUGAUUUGAAUUACAAAGUAAAUUUAAACAUAACAACAAAAGAUAUAAUUGACAUCCAAGACAAUGUUCUACAUCGUGUAAAUAUAGUUCUCAAUAAUCAUGUUUGUCUACGAGCAGACCUCAACUUUAUUCCCAACUCAUUACUAGUUCGUAAUUGUCUAGAGGCGCUUAGUUAUGCUCUACCCACAAAAAUAUUUUUUAUUUUCAAAGCUCGUUAUCUUACUUAUCAAUUCAGAAGAUUUGAUACUAAUUCAUCUUCACUAAAAGAAAAUAAUACUGAAUGGGAAAAUUUUAUAAAAGAAUUGGAUGGUUGGGAUUUUCUAUUGUCAACCACAGAUCAUAAAAAAUUCAAUUUCAACACCCAUUUCAAAUGUUUAAAACCACCACCAACCUCACCCUCUACUCCUCAAUUAAAAUCAACACAAGAAAAAGAUAUCGAAAUAGAUGAUUUAUUAUAUAAACUAUUUCAAAAAUCUAGAAAACUUCAUUUUUCCAACUCACAUCAACAGCAAAAAAUAGAACAACUAGAACAAUCAUUUCCAGAUUUUCUUCCCUACAUCCUGCUCUCACUACAUUUGAUUUAUCAAGAUAUGAGAUUAGAUGUUUUGUCGCAAAAAUUAAUCAAUGAUCUUGUACCUUUGUUAAUUCAAUUGGCAUUAUUUCUUGAAGUGAUUAAAGAAACAAAAAUACAACCAACUCAUCUAUUCUAUACACCGCCUGACAUAAUCAAAUGGUUAAUGAAUUUAUUCCGUUCUAAAAAAUUUAAAUACUUUCCAAGCCCAAUUGAUAUUACAAAACUAUUAUCAUCAGCACUACUAGAUCUACAACAAAAUAAUGAUUGUGAUUAUGAUGAUGACGUUAAUAAUAUGGUACAUGAGGUAGACUGUUGUUUAAGAACUAGACAAAUUAUAAAGAUCUAUAAUAAGUUGAUUAAUGGUAGUAAUAAUGGUGGUGUGGAAUCAAUGAUAUUGAAAAUGGUUGAUAUUGGAUUUAAACACAAAGAUAUUGAAGCAUUGCCAUUUGGAGUUUCUGUUCCUUUACAUGAGGCUAUUAGAAAAUGUCGAGAACUGCCACCGAGCAAUUGGCCGGCUGAUGCCUACAUUCUAAUUGGUAGAGAAGAUUUAGCGGAAUUAGAACUUGGUAAACCGAUAGGUUACAUACAUUCAAGAGGCGUAAGAAGGGAACCAAAACCAAGGUACCAGGCAGAAAUAAUCGAUACAGUUCUUCAUCCAAGGCCAGGUGUUUCAUUGGACGAAGUUGACAGCACGGAAAUCUCAAAUCAUGAAAUCACUGAUUUAAGAUUUGGUAAAGAUAAGAGAUUGGAUGAAGUUCGUCGUCUUUUACAAAAUACUACUAUCGUCAAGGUUGAUUUGCCUGCUUCUGAACUAAGUUCCCCUAAUGAAGAACAAUCACCACAAAUUGUUGAGCGUGUGCAAGCACACUCAAUAAAAAAUUUUGCAUUACCACUAGGUCGUGGAAUAAUGACAUACGACACAGCAACUCCAAUAUCAACUGAAAUUUUUCCAAUACCAAGCCUAAAUACAACCAUGAAAGUAUUACCAUACAACACUGUUGUACAAAUAGAUCGUGCAUUUCGUGUACAAGACUGUUUAGAAUGGCCAGAAUUUCAUGAGGGUGUAGCAUCUGCUUUAAGAAUAUCACCCACCUCCAAAGAUGUAACUGGCUCAUGGAUUGAGCUCAACAAACCAAAGGAACUUAACAACAGCCAUGCAGGAUUCCUUAUGGGGUUGGGAAUUAAUGGUCACUUGAAAUCAAUGGGAAUCUGGCAAGCUGUAGACUAUUUGAUGAAAUCACCAAAACAUGAUAUGACAAAUAUUGCAUUAGUCAUCGGAUUACCAGCAUCAUACUGCGGAACAAUGAAUUCUGAUAUCACAAGAAUGUUGGCUGUCCAUAUUACUUCAAUGUUACCACCAAAAUCUAAUUAUCUAAAUGUUUCACCAUUGAUUCAAACUGCUUCAUUAAUCGGGAUUGGGUUGUUGUAUAUGGGCACAUGUAAUCGAUACAAUACACAAAUCAUGUUAUCUGAAAUUGGUGUCAAGGCUUUAAAACGGUCAAAUAGUUCUGAAACAGAUUAUACAGAAGGCUAUUCACUAGCUGCAGGAUUUGCAUUAGGAUUUAUUGCUUUGGGUCAAGGUGAUGAUGCACAUGGAAUAGCUGAUCUUAAUCUUUCUAGAGAAUUAAGACUUUAUAUUACUGGUGGUGCUAGUAGUGGUGCUAAUGGUAAAGGAGGUAGUGGCGAGAAUAAUGGUGAUAAUUAUAUUGGUGGAGGUGCUCUAGCUACUGGUUUAGGUGGUAAACUAACUGCGACUUCAUCUUCUUCAUCAACUUCAUCAACAGAAGGUAGCAAUUUAGGAAGCACCAACAAUGUUAACAACAUUAAUGUGACAUCACCAAGUGCAACAAUAGCACUGGGUUUAUUAUACUUGAAAACAAAUAAAUUAAACAUAGCCAAUAAAAUUCCUAUUCCCGAAACAGAAUUCUACUUGGACUAUAUACGGCCUGAUUUUUUAUUGGUUAGAAUAUUAGCUAGAAAUUUAAUAAUGUGGGAUAAUAUUAGAUCUUCACAAAAUUGGGUCGAAAAUCAUGUUCCUAAAUAUAUGAAAGUUAGAUUAAAUAAUCGUAGUCAUUAUCAAAAUGAUGAUUUUGAUUUAAAUUUGGAACCGAUUAAAAGAGCUUAUUAUAAUAUAUUGGCUGGUGCUUGUUUUAGUAUGGCAUUGAAAUUUGCCGGUUCAACAGACCAGAAUGCAUUAAAAUGUCUUAUUCAUUAUCUUGACUAUUUCAUAGGUCUUAGCAAUUCAAGAGCAAUGACAUUUGAUCAAAAGAUUACAAAAUCCACUAUUAAAUCAUGUUUAAAUGUAUUGGCAACUUCAACAUCAAUAGUAGUAGCGGGUACUGGUAAUCUGGAUGUGCUAAGGAGAUUAAGAAAAUUGCAUCGACAAGAAGUAAAUCUUCCAGGAGCACAUAAUCUAAAUUCAUAUGGUACCUACACAGUAACAAGCAUGGCAUUGGGUUUUUUGUUUUUGGGCGGUGGACAUUAUACACUCUCAACAUCAAACAAAGCAAUUGCUGCAUUGGUUUGUUCUUUGUUUCCCAGGUAUCCAAUAGAACCAUAUGAUAACCGAGCCCAUUUGCAAGCUUUUAGACAUUUAUGGGUUUUGGCAGUUGAGCCUCGAUGUUUGGUUUUGAGAGACUUGGAAACAAGAGAGGCAUGCCAGGCACCAAUUAAAAUAAUAUUUGAAGAUUAUUAUAAUAGUAAAGAAGUGAAGUUAACAAAAGAAAAAAGCAGAGGAGCAGGAGAAAACAAUAUUAUUGUUAGCAAGGAGAAAGAGGUUAUUAGUAACAUUGUUGCAGACAUCAAGAUAAAAGAAUUUGUUGCACCAUGCUUAUUACCUGAAUCUAAAUUUAUCAAAACAAUUGAAAUCAAUAGUCCAAGAUAUUGGCCUAUUAAUUUAAACUUUGAGAGUGAAUUAUCAUCAUUCUGCACAGCAAUUUUGACAGAAUGUCUAUAUUUGGAUAAUCCAGAAGCAAUUCAGAUGUAUCUUGCACUAUAUCAGAUUCAACAAAAUUUGGAACACUUGAAUGAAAGUAACUUAUGUAAUGCAAUUUUAAUUCUAGAGUAUUAUAAAAAUGCAAAAAAUAUUUCCUCAUCCAAAAAAAUCAAUACAAUUGACGGUGAUAUUAUUGCUAGUAAUAGAAUUGAUAGUAAUGGUGGUAAAGAUGAUUAUAAUGAGGAAGUGGGUGACGAUAAAAGGCUUAUUAAUAAAGAAUUUGAAGCAUCAUUAAAAUUAAAAUUAAAGCAAUUCUUUGAAAUUCCUUUCACAUUUUUUCUUUCGCCAUUACAACUAAUAAAAUGUUAUUUAAGCAAUUCGGAAUUUCCCAGUAAUGAGGAACUUGGUGGUAAUGAAAAUAAAAAACAAUUACUACGUCAAUUAUCAUUAUGGCUCAAUUAUAAUGAAAUACCUGAUCAUUAUACCAUAUCCACAUCACUUAUUUCAUUCUUUUCAUUCAAUUGCUGA